AUGGAGGGGUUCUCUUCCACCUCCGAGCCCCAUGAGGCUUACGAAGUAAACUACGCCCCUCAUAUUCCUCUAGAGAGUGAGGCAGAUGUAGAAGCAGCUCAGCAGCAGCAGCUGCUGCUGCAGCAGCAGCAGCAGCAGCAGCAACAGCAGCUGCGGCAGCAGCAGGGAGCAGCAGCAGCAGAAACAGCAAAGGCACUUCGCGCAUUACAAUUGGGAGCGGACGCUGCAGCAGAAAAGUAG